AUGCGCGUGUUCGGAGUAUUGCGGGUGCUGCUGUACUCUCAUAUGCUCUCGGAGAUAUCUGGGCAACAAAGGAGAGCGGAUGAAUCGCUGAAGAUGUCAUUCCAAAGGACUUUCAUGGACCGUAUUCCAAAGCAUCAUUUGCCCUCCUAUAUGAUGCAGCUUUACCGGACUUUUACGAGCAACCAUACCCGCCCUGUGGAAUUUAUGGAGGAGGAUACCGUUAAACAAGCGGACACGGUUCGGAGUAUAAUGGCAAAAAGCCUGGAGCACAGAUCACGCCACUGGGUGGCCACGUUCGACUUCUCCUCACUGCUCUCGGACACCCGCAUCCAGGCGGCAGAGCUGCGGAUCCGUCUGCCGCGGGUCCCCCGCCACGCCGACGUUGCCGUGGAGCUGCGGCACCAGCAAGACCACCCGUGCCCGACGCCGGAGCUGUGCCCCUGGGGCAGCGAGCGGCACCGCAAUCUGGGCGUCCUGCCAGCCUCUGCCAUGGUCAGCUUCUCCGGCCACUGGAGGGUCUACAACGUCACCAGGGAGCUGCUGAGCUGGCUGGGAGACAGGCCUCCAGCUCCAGCACAAGCACCAGCCGAUGCUCAGAAGGCCAAGUCAGACCUGGGCUCGCUCCUCUCCUCCUCCUCCUCCUCCUCCCCCUCCUUCUCCGCCAGAGCCAAGAGGCCAAGGCACUUUGUCAGCAACCGGGCACUGCUGGUGGUCUUCUCCCAGACGGGCUCUGACAAGGACUCCCAGGACAAGGCCAGCCUGCUGCACACGGCUGAGAAGUCCAAGUUCCUCUUCAACACGGAGAACACGGAGGUGAAGAGGCCCCAGAGGCCCCAGCAGCAGAAGAGCCGCAGGGGGAGGCGAGGGCAGCCCAUGCGGGGGCCCCCCAAGGCCCCCAAGGCGGCGGGGGCCUCGUCCUCCUCCCUGUGCAGGAAGGUGGAGAUGCAGGUGGAUUUCGAUCAGAUCGGCUGGGGCAAGUGGAUCGUGUUCCCCAAGAAGUACAACGCGUACCGGUGCGAGGGCAGCUGCCCCAACCCUCUCGGAGAGGAGUUUCAGCCCACCAACCAUGCCUACAUGCAGAGUCUCCUGAAGUACUACCACCCAAACCGCGUUCCCUCCGCCUGCUGCGCCCCGACCAAGAUGCGGCCGCUGAGCAUGCUGUACUACGAGAACGGCGAGAUGAUCCUGAGGCACCACGAGGACAUGGUGGUGGAGGAGUGUGGCUGCCACUGA